UGGCAGCUUGUCGGAAACUCAACUUCUGUUGACGAAUGGCGCGAUAAUAACAAGAAGCAACCGUAGGGGUUCUCUUUCUGAUCCUUGAUAGUUGGUUGCACGAGACAGAUCCGAGACUCUAGGGUUAACGAUUAUCCUUCCUUGUUUUGUCACUGUUUCGGAUCUCAGCUCGCGGAUCCUCCAUCUCCUCCGGCGUAAUGGAUCCGACUUCUCGACCCGCUGUUGUCAUCGACAAUGGAACCGGGUACACGAAAAUGGGUUUUGCAGGUAAUGUAGAACCGUGUUUCAUCCUUCCGACAGUGGUUGCUGCUAACGAGUCUUUCUUGAGCCAACCCAAGAGUUCUUUAAAGGGAACUUGGGCGGCACAGCACAACGCUGGAGUUGCGGCUGAUAUGGAUUUCUUCAUCGGAGACGAAGCUCUUGCCAAGUCUCGGUCUAGUAGCACUUAUAAUCUUCGUUAUCCGAUCGAGCAUGGUCAGGUUGAGGAUUGGGAUGCUAUGGAAAGGUAUUGGCAGCAGUGUGUGUUCAAUUACUUGAGAUGUGAUCCGGAGGAUCACUACUUUCUUCUCACUGAAAGCCCUCUUACUCCUCCUGAGAGUCGAGAGUACACUGGAGAGAUUUUGUUUGAGACUUUCAAUGUUCCUGGGCUUUACAUUGCUGUUAACUCGGUGCUUGCACUUGCUGCUGGGUACACUACAUCAAAGUGUGAGAUGACAGGGGUUGUGGUAGAUGUUGGAGAUGGGGCGACUCGUGUUGUGCCUGUUGCAGAAGGCUAUGUUAUUAGUAGCUGUAUCAAGUCAAUUCCAAUUGCUGGCAAAGAUGUCACCCUCUUUAUCCAGCAACUCAUGCGGGAAAGAGGUGAGAAUAUACCACCAGAAGAUUCAUUCGAUGUUGCCCGUAAAGUGAAAGAAAUGUACUGCUACACUUGUUCAGACAUCGUAAAGGAGUAUAAUAAACACGACAAAGAACCAGGAAAGUAUAUUAAACAAUGGAAAGGGGUUAAGCCAAAGACUGGUGCACCAUACACUUGCGAUGUGGGAUAUGAACGAUUCCUUGGACCUGAGGUCUUCUUUAAUCCAGAGAUAUACAGCAAUGACUAUAUAACUUCUUUACCGGCUGUAAUAGACAAAUGUAUCCAGUCUGCACCUAUUGACACACGAAGAGCUUUGUAUAAGAAUAUAGUAUUGUCCGGAGGUUCAACUAUGUUCAAAGAUUUCGGAAGAAGGUUACAAAGGGAUCUCAAGAAGAUUGUUGAUGCUCGUGUUCUUGCUAAUAACGCACGUACUGGUGGUGAAAUCACGUCUCAACCUGUGGAGGUUAACGUCGUGAGCCACCCUGUCCAGAGGUUUGCAGUUUGGUUUGGAGGCUCCGUGCUUUCAUCAACUCCUGAGUUUUUCGCGAGUUGCAGAACGAAAGAGGAGUAUGAGGAAUGUGGAGCAAGCAUAUGCCGAACUAAUCCGGUGUUCAAGGGGAUGUAUUGAAAUAAAUUGAAGCUGCGCCAGCAUCAUCUUAAGAUCACGUGAAUGUUUGUCUGAAAAACACUAAAAAUUUUAGUUACUCGCAACUCAAGCUAUUUGUUUUUAGGUUCAUGAGUUCACAGUCAAGGUAAAAGCUAGGGUUGGUUGGUUGGUUGAUGUAGAAGAAGUCAUUAUUUUCAGACAAAAUAAAAGAAUAAAAAGUAUGCAGA